AGCUUCCGUUGACGGUUGUCGAUGUCGGAUGAAGACUUAGAGGGCCGUAGGGCGUCCAUCCACAACGCAAACAAAAAGGAGCACACGAGAGACCCUCGACCAUGAGCCCAUUCUCGUAUUGAACGAACGACGGCACGAAACAAGAUUGAUUGUACUAGUAUAGCUCUAGCUAGCGAGAAGUACAGGAGUAGCCAUAGCUGUGGUGUUGAGGCUGGUGUGUACAUUAGGGGGAAACGAAACAGAGCAGUGAUCAAGCUGAUUGCUGUGCUUGCUGAGAUCUGAGUCUUCGGUUGCUCUCUUUUGUCAAGAUAGCGAAGAAAGAUGAAGCUAAAAAAAUCAGAUCGACGACGGUUUUCGAGAGGACAUGGCCAGUCUUCUGUCAUGUCGGCAUCGGCAUCCGUACAGGGUGCUUCUUCUGUGAAGAAGGAGGCAGAGUGGGGUCUCUUGUCGAAAGAGAAUCCAAUAGAGCCUGCCGUGGUGGUGCCACCGCAGACAAGUUAUCAUCAGGACACACAGGGCAACAGCAACAAGCGAGGCAACUGGGGAGUCUUUGGGUUUGGACGGACGAAUCACAACCGUGGAGCAGACGAUGCACUGAAAGAAAAGUCGAAGAGUCGCAAAAAGGCCGCAGGUUACACUUUGUCCAGAACGCCCAAGAAUAUGAGGAACUCCAGCAAUAGUAGCACCGCUCCUUCGGUGGUCUCUGCUUCCUCCAAACAACAGCAACAACAACAUCCACCUCCUCCUCCACCGCCUCCACCCCCACUGCCUCCUCCUCCUCAGGACACGACUCCAUCGAAACCAGCAAAAUCAAAAGCUGGAAGAACCUCCAGUAAGAAGAAUUCCAAAAAGCAACAACCAGCAGACCCAAGUAAAACCCAAAAACAAGCACUGAAAGUAACAUCAUCAUCACCGCAACAGCCACAGUCACAGCCACAGAACGAUCAGUUGUUUUCAGAUACAGAAUGGAUGCCCAUUCCUCUCUCGUACGAUGGAAUGAUCAAUGAAUCUGGACUCAUGAUGAGAGACACGCUGAUUCCUACUCCACAUCAGCAACAGCAUCACUACACUCAUCAACCAGCAGAACAGUAUCCAAUGAAUCAUCCCGAUGAUAUGUCCAGCAACAUGCCAGGCUUUGAAAUGACGUACGAAAAUGAUGCGGAUGCCUCCAGACUUACGGCAUCCACUGUAGCCACUACGGCCAUUAUGAGUACCUCCUCCUCCUCGGGACACCAAGAGUCCCAUACUGGUUUUAUGCCCACAGACAGUACUGCUACUAUCACUGUACAGCAUUCCAAUGCAUCUCCUCCAAAGAAAACAUCCCCCCGUGUAUCACCCCGCAAGACAAAGGCAGAAGACGACAACAACAACAAUCACCAAAAGACCAAGAAACAAUCACCAACAUCCGCAAAAUCCAAACGAAGACAGUCAAUGGAAGCCGCCGUGGCGGCAGUGCUGUCACCCAAAAAGAGUCCCACUGCGGCUACGACCAUUUCAACGCCGUCGUCAUCCAAGAAUAGCAAGAAACGACAACAGAAGUCACCCGUUGCACACGCCGCCGCAAAGGCAUUGGUUGCCCUGUCGCCCCGGGCUGCCAACCCUGACGAACAGGAAGAUGAUGACGACGAUUUUGGACUGCAUGAUUUUGAUCCAGAGGCAUCGUCCGACAGCGAAGAGAGUGAAAGUGAUUCCGACGAUGAUGAUGAUCCAACAGACGCCAGUGCAGGGCCAUUGACUGUGAAUUCGCAAGAAAGCACUUCCUUUCAAUUCAACUUGGCGUCCAAGAAUAUGAAGUCGGCAUCGGCGGCCAAGAAGCAACCACAAGAGGAAGAGCCUGACGAGAAUGACGACGAAGAUGAUGACGGAUUUCGGAUUCUCAAGACACGAUCCUCCAGUUCCAAACUCGGAAGAAGCCCCAAAACUGUUGGCACACAACCCACGGCAAUAUCCACCAUGUCAUCGUUAACGCCCAAUAGUACUAGUCUGUCGAGGACCAGUGCUUCGCGGACCAGUGCUUCGCGGACCAGUGCUUCGCGGACCAGUGCUAGUGCUUCGCUGAUCGGGACCAAGAUCAUCCAACCGCAACUAGAUCCAGACAUUAAAGCGUCGGCAUCCAGCGGUUCUUCCACUUUGUUUCCACCCUCUUCUGUGGACAGCUCUUCUCCAUCCGUCAUGACCUUGAACAGCAAGGGCGCUGCUGCAGCGGCCGCUGCGAGUCAUAUGAGUGGCAGUGCUAGCACCAACAAUGGGGCACACGUUUCAGUAGCCAAACAACAACAAGCAAAGCUCAUCGUGUCCAGACCAUUUGGACGAAACUGCUUGCCCGCCAAUGUCAUGCCCUGGGUCGUGCAAGUCGCACCCGCCGAAUGGGACAAUCCCGAACGACGAUGGAAGUACCGUAUUCAAGUGACUAAACGACAACCCACAGCACAACAACAGCAACAACAUCCGCCCGAGUCGUGCAACUCCAUCAACUCAUCCGCAGUCGCUGUCACGUGGCGAUCCUUGGAGAACUUUGUCUGGCUCGAAGAAGCACUCAAGGCGGAAUUUCAAGGUGCCUUGCUGCUGCCAUUGCUAAACAUUGCCGUGGGAAUGACCGAUUUGGAACAGGCCACACAUGAAGUCGAUGCCGAAUUGUUACGGAAUUGGCUCAGUGAUGUGCUCAACGGGAUUCGAGGACAGGGGGAACUCAUUCUGGGACAGCAACAACAUAGUCGGUCCAUUGAUAUGCUGCAAGCUGAGGCUGUAGAAGCAUUUCUGUAUCGAAGUACUGCGCCCCUGCAAAAACCUGGCAAUCUCAUCACUAGUAUGAUGGGGGAAGCCUUUGUAAUGAAACAAGAGCUGCAUAAACGACAGAGAGAGCAUCAGCGGCAGCAACAACAAAAACAACAGAAUCAUCGACCUGUUUUGGAAUAUGAAGACACGGAAGUGACGGAUGGCAACUGUCGGAGUGCAAUAUGUAAACCAUCACCGAGAAAAUCAAAGCAUCCAAUAUCGCCUUCUACUGUUUAUUCACACGGCCACCGACACGAAGAAGAACCAGAAUCGUUUGUCAAUUCAUUUUGGUCCCGAGGACCUUUGUCCAUACUUACAGAUGAAUUGUGUGUGACCUUGGGGUGCCAGGUGCUGGACGAGGAAUCUCCCUCUUCGACUGGUUCGUCUGUUUCAUCCAUGGGACCUGGUGGAAACAAUAACAGCAAGAGGAAAUAUGGGUAUUCGUCGAGGGCUCUGGGGACUGCGGAUACCCUCGAUAUUCAGGACAGUUUUUUGGAUGCCUCUACGGUUGCCUCGUCCUUGGUAACACCCGCUCAUAAUAUCAUGGCGAAGCAGCAACCGCCACCAGCUGCUGGCAACGAUGCGCAUCGGCCAAAGCAAUGGAAGUUGGCGCAAUCGAUAACUUUGAUUCAAGCGCAGCGAGAUUUGGUUCUGUCUUACCGUAAAACAGCCUUGUCCACCAUGGAGAAGGUCCAAGUGUUGUUGGAGGAGGAAGAAAACAUUGGACUGGCCUGGAAGAGAUUCGGUAUUGCCGUCUCAAAUCUGUUUUCCUACGAAAAGGAAGUGGAGAGUGCGAGACUCGGAGAGAAAAAGAUUCAUCGAGAUUGCAUGCCAUACCGCAAAAUCAAAAAGUCUACUGUCGAUCAAUGCGUCCGAGCUUUGGCGCAGCAGAAAAUUGACCGUUCCGUGCCGGCACUGCGGAUGCUCCGGGCGAUGCUGACAGCCUACGUGGCAGACUUGAGCGCUGUGGGACCCUCUGUAGAAGCCUAUUUGGAGGGAAUGAAACAAAUUGCAGACUUCGAAGAGUAUUUCUCCUCUGGGGCGAAGCAACGUUUUCCGGAAGACAAGCAUCUGAAAGAUGGAGAAGGAUCAGUGGCAACAGACUCGACGUCUUCUCAAUCGAGUUCAGAUGGUGACAAUGAGUUGAAGGCUGCAACGACAUCGUUGUUGGGGACCUUUCAACAGCAUUUGCGUUCCUUUACAUCAUCAAGAGACGGCGAAGAGAAGAAAGCCAAUGACGCAGAUCUAGUCCGAACCAACUCUACUUCCUCGACGAGUACAAGCGGCGAUGAUGUUCAUUCCCCUGAAUGGCUGCUGAAACGACGCGUGGAGGACCGUGUCCUUGAAAAUGAAAGGCUCUUGAGGGAAUCCUUGACGACACUUUGCAAGUCCACUCCCAUGAGAACAGCACGGAUGGCGUAUGCAUACUUCAGAUCAGAAGCCAACCAAUGCCGAUUGUUACGCUCUGCCGCCGCUGCCUUACGCAACAAGACGGAUUUGUCCGUCAAGGAAGCUGUGACUCAAAUGGUGGUCCGGCACCAGGCGGAGAACAAGGAAGACAUGAAGACUGAGCUUUCUUUAGCCCAACGCAUGGUCAACUUGGGGAAGAAAAGGUUUCCGUCUUCAGGGAAUGGUAACCAGGAGAUUGAUUCGGACGACCAGGAGCAUGCCAGGGCGCUCAUGCGAGACAACGCAUUGCAAAUUGCUCGUGAACGCGUUGGACGCUGGAACUCGGACUUGGCCAUGGCAAUGAUGAAAGCUGUGGGAGUUGACGAUCCCAAUGUCCGAGUAGAACAAACCACUCGGGAACUGCGUCUUGUAAGAAAGUAUGCCAUUGGAUUGCGGGAGAAUUUGAAUAGAUGUGUUGAAGCUGUUGAAAUUCUGAGAAAGGCUGUUCUGAAGGGUGGACGACAAGAUCUCAAAGGCGUGGACACCCGGAAGAAGCCCGCAAAGCACAUUAUGGAAACUCGAAAGGAGUACUUUGCAGAAGUUGCCAAACUCUUCAGUGGCGUUGUUUUGGAUGACGAGACUGGAUCACCUAAGAGUUCUGCUAGUCUUUUUCUCCCCUCGACGAAACCUCUUUCAAAGGCAGGGAUUCUCUUGAAUGAUCCAAUGGGCUGGAGCACGCCGUUUGUUGAAUUGUCAUCACAAGUCAUCAACUCGGGUCCGAAUGGAAAGGGCCGGGGAGACUGCGGAAACGUUGCGAAGACGUAUAUCGAAGGGAGGGACUCUCAGACCGAAUGGCUUCUGUCCAGCCUUUCUGGACUCCUCAACGAAUAUACACAACGAGUCGAAGUUGUUGAGAGUUUUGUGUACAUGGAAUGUGUUGGUGUGCAACUCGAGAAACAUUUUAGCCAGAAGCGAACAGAGGCGUUGAGUGCGUUCGAAAAGAAAACGGAUGUAAGCACGGCCAUCAAUAUCGCCACGAGGAAGCGCAUCCCCGGUCUCGUGAAUGAAUUGAAGGCCAAGCUUGGCAGAUUUGGCUCGGAUGUUACUCACACGGCUGUCAAGGAGGCGAAGGAAGCUCAUCUUGAGAGCAAAAACAUUAAAUCGGAACUUCACGAUCUAGCGCUACGUCGCCUGCAGCGAGCCAGAGAAACAUCAACAGAGCGUGUUGUCGACCUAUUGAAAGUCUGGAUGAAAGAGGAGGAGAGUGCCUGCAUUACUGAACUCAAUGCUAUUGGGGAAAUCUUGGAGUGUGUUGAAACCAACUUUCUUCGGGUGCUUGGAUGA